AGCUUUUGUCCCGCACACACCUGAGUGAUGUCAGCAGCUGAGUGGGGCCGACCUAGAGAGGAGAGACGUACACAGGAAAUGACUGCAGGGAGGAGACACUGCACAGCCAGAGCACAGUAAUGUCUUCUCCUGCAAGGACAGCUUCAUUAUGAAGAGCCUGAGUCCCCCCAACCCGGGUCCCUUCUAACCUUCGCCCCAUCCCCCCCCACCUGGAGGAUUCUGGGAACUCCCACACAGAACCCGCCUGCACCAUGUCUCACAGAUAUUCUGACCCAUCUGUGGGUGACAGAUCUUACCUCGUGUAUGAAAAAAAUGCCACCUCUACAGCCAACAACUCCAUACCACGAAAAACGCUGAAGCCCGUGGAUAAUGCCUCGUAUGUACCAGACGGCGGGGCCCCUACCCCGGUGGAGGCCCACCGAGUCAUCCUGAGCACGGAGAGCCCGGCCGCCCACAAGCUGGGGACCCAGCAAAUGAUUCCAAAAAGUUUGGCCAUCGCCACGAAGACCAAGGCCACUCGGCACCACACCAUCGCAUCGUCCACGAUCAGCAAGGAGUUCGUACAGCAGGAGCAGAGGAAGCUCUCCGCCCGCGAGGCUUCUGUGGAGGAUGAUAUAAAUGUGGGCGGGUUAAAAAGGAAUCUAAGGAAUCAAUCUUACAGGGUAGCUAUGAGGGGUUUUAAAGAUGAAGAGUACCAGCCCAUAAAGCCAAUGUCGACCCUGAAGCCGGUGACGGAGAAUCCAAACGCUCCGCCCCCGAGGAGUCCUGGAAGAUCUAAGAAAACAUUCGGAAAGAAAAAAAUGCAGCGCCACGCGGGUUCCUUUAAAGACGACCCCAGGCUGUACCAGGAGUUCACCGAACGGGGGCUCAUCUCCAACAGUCAGGAGUCCGACGACGACCUGCUAGAAGACAGCGCUACCCCGACCGUGCCGCGUCCAGAUGAAGGCAUUGUGGUGAAGAACUACCGCCCCGCCCAGCUGAUCUGGAGCCAGCUUCCACAGGUUGGUGUGUCUUUUUGUGUGGUGGAAGUCUGUGUGGGGGGCACUAAAGUGGGCCUACAGGUGUUGCAUGAAUGUUCGCCCAAUUUGACCAUUGGCGGUUGGGUUGGAGAAUGUUUGUUUGUAUGUUUGUAGGCUUUACAUGUCCAC